AUGGCAGACAAGAGCAACGCCGGCAACUACCUGGCCCAGAUGCCCAUCAUGACACCACCUACCAGAGGACCAGCAGCCACCUUUCCACCAGCCAACAAUCCCCUCACCCCCGUCGCCCACCAGCAACAAGCCAGCAGCUUCAAAACACCCCCUGCCCUCCCCCAAGUCACAAUCCACCAACGCCAAAAGCUCAUCGACGCCAUCACCGCCGUAGUCGCCGACCCGGGCCUCCUCCACGAAGGCUACAUUCCCCCUAUGCGCAAUAUAGACGGGUAUCUGCAACCCGGCCGCCCGCCUUUCACAUCCCGCCAGCGUCUCCUCGUCAUCGACGUCCUUGCUGCAUUCCAGCAUCGCCAACGGCAAGCUAGAGGAGCUGCUCGACCACCACCUGCUCCUCCUCCUCCUUCUCAUUCCUCUCAUUCUUCUUUUGAUCAUUCAACUCCUCAACAAUUCCGCACUCCCCGCGCACGUCCACACCCUCCCUUCCCAUCCAACUUCCCCCUUAACAACCCCUCCUCCCACUCCCAUCCCCAAGCAAGCCAACAACCAAAGACCCCUUCCUCUCUCCAAACCCAAACCACCACAGCACUCACCCUCCUCCCCGACAUUCUUCCCAUCCCCGACAGCGAGUUUGCACACAUGCACUACGAAGCCAACUCUCUCCUCCCGCAUCUCCGUAUCUCAGACGCGGAGCCCAAAACUAGUAAUCAUCAACAACAGCAUGGAGAAGAGCGGUUCUUGUUGGAACAAAGGAGAGAAGAGGAGGUGAGGGUUGCGGUGGAGAGGGGGGAGGAGAUUCUGCCCGAGUAUGUGUCUAGGGGGGGUGAGAAGGGGAGGAGGGCGGAUGCAAGUGCUUGGUGUACUAUGGAAGAGUGGAUAAAGGCUAGGAGGAGGGGGUUGGAGAGGGCAGCGUGGGAGUUGGGGGAGGGGUAUGAGAGGAAUUUGAGGGUGUUGAUGGAGGAUUCGGAGGGGGAGGGGAAGGGGGAGGAAAAGUCUGAAGAGGAAUCGGAGGAGGAGUGGAAGGAGGCGGCGGAAUAUGCAAUGCAUGCAUAGCGAAUGUUUAAUCUGCCAGAGAAAGAGAGAGAUGGACACGCAGAUG